AUGUCCAAUAUGGCGGCCGAUGGGUCGUCAUUUUUUCGCCAUUUGCAGUGUCGAGAUCUGCAUCAAUACCUCGGGAGUUUACCUUCUGGGAUAUUGGAUAGGUUAUAUAAUCACCCAGCAAUUUGUUUGGCAGUGUUCAGGUAAUAUAUCCCAUAUUACUGCUUGUCAGUUUUCAUAAAAAUGCUUUCGCGUACUUCUCGACGCGUGCUCAACAUGCACGCAAGUUUAGCUUUUACGUAUAAUAUAUAGAUUUAGCCAGGGCUAAAAGCGAAGCCCCCAUUAAUAAAUUUAUAAUUUGAAUCAAACAAUAAACUUGUAAUCCACAAAUCGGUUAACUUAAGGGCACAUUCAUGUGACUUUUGAGGGAAAGGCUAAGUUAUUUUAGAGUGAAACAUCUUACAUCGAGUUGACAGCCUUAUAUGUACACCCAAAAAAUAGCAAACAUGUUCGAUCACAUUCAAGAGCCAUGAUGGCUCUUGAUCACAGUAGAUUAGGCCUCGAAAACAAAUUCUUGGAAAACAAAUCAGGCCGAAUUUUUUUUGCGUUGGACAGGUUUACUUUACAAAUUCUUGCCAACAAAUCUAAGGGUGUGUAAACCAACCUUUCAUACUCUUUUAAUAUACAUCACAUCUGAGGUGAAACAAUACUAUUUAUCAUACGAACCUCGGACAGAAUGCGGCAUUUCACAAUUUUUCAAGACAAAUUGCACUUAGUCAAUAUUCAGGACGAUCAAUCGUGGGCUUUUAGCGAAACCGUUCAAAUCACCCAUACGGCCAGCCGGUUCUCAUUUGUAGUGCGAGCUGUCAGUGUGGUCGAGUGUUUGAAUGAGCUUUAAUAGAGUUACGCUUCAACAUAAUAACGAAUUUAUUAUUAUUAUUUUUUGUUAUUUAAUGAUUUCAGUUAUAACGAUGUGUAAUCUUGUAAAGCGUUUGAUACGCGCGACAUUUUUGAGUACUCCUGCAAGCGAUGUUCAUGAACGAUGAAAACAACCGGCACGUACAAGCGAUUAAAAUUGCAAGAGAGACUACUAACAAUCAAUAAAAAAAAUAUAAUUCGGUGAAACAUUUACAGAGGCAACAAUUUUCAUUCACGAAGACAAGUAUUAAAGUGUCUCUAAAAAUCCUGAGUCUUUAAGCGUAAAGCUUAAGCCGGCUUCCCGGUGCGGUGUUUACUGUUUUCGAAGGUGAACUCCUCGAAGCAAGAAAAUCGCUCAAAGUUUUCUUUCUACAGCCAAAUUUACAACUAAAUAUUCUUCGGAUCUUUUUCUUUCUAUUUGUGGUGAGAAAAUAUAUUGUGAAGGCCUUUUAAAGUCCUGUAAGCUUAUAUCAAACCUUAGACUAUGUCAGAUCAUUGACUCAAAUCUUACAAACGUGCAUAAACUUGCCGCAUAAACUGUGCUCGACUUCAUGAAAUUAGAUAUAACAAAAACAAACAUCAAAUACAAUAAUUACUCAGGCUUACCAUUCCAGAUUCAGUUCCUGAAAGCUAUCAAGGAAGGCCACAGUUGGUUGAGACUUUUAAACCUUCUUACGCAUUAAGCAAGGUAAAAAACAAAAACGAUGCCAUCCGAAAUCGGAUUACCGAAUUUUGACAAGCGACGCAUUUCUCAACCAAAAACCCAAUAAACAAACCAGCCAUGAAUAACAGAAGACUCUUGAUAGAAGCUGUAUUUCAUUUUGUACAUCCGGUCUAAAAAGGCAGUUAAAAACAUCACAAGUUGACAAAAAACUCUGUCAGGUUCAGCUGUUAAAGUAAACAACUUUCAAGAUGCUGCAUAAAUUUUCCGCAUGAACUCACCUGCCAGACUUUGACCAAUCAGAGCAUAAAAAUUGGAUGUAGAGCGUGACCAACGCGUGACGAUGGUAAGAAAAGGUCUUCUCCGCCUGUAUUUUUAAAAAAACUGGCUGAAUUUUCGCGUCCGAGGUCAGUUUGAAAUCAAAAUCUUAAUAGUGCGGGGCCAUAAUGACAUAAACACAACAAAUUUCGUAUGAAUCACUGGAAAAAAUAAACUUAAGCCUGCGAUCAUUUGAAACUGGUAAUUUGUCAACGGAUAACUGCAAAAAAAAACUCGACCUCGAUGGGUCGACUCUUGAGCCCGCGGUACGGUCAGGUGAUACUGGUCAGCGGAUACCCUGUUUUGACAGCUGUAAAUUGAUCACAACAUUGAUGUGCAAUUAGUUUUUUCCUGGGCUCCCAAACUCGCUAGACAGCCUGAGAGUAAACAUUGGUUGCCCUGUGGUGCGGACGGACGGUCGGUCGUUCGUUCGUUUGGUGUACGGUCACGUGAUUACCAAAUUUUCUUGGAUGGGUAGAUUCCCUUAGCUAUGGGGCUCCGCCCACGCGCGCGCGUGGAGCUCCGCUAUAAGGACCCUUAAAAAAGGAAAAUAUAUUGCUUUUGGAUUGGCGUCACUUUCCUUUUUCCUACGGUAGGAAGGAACAGAGAACGUCAAUUCGAAGGUGUUUCUGUGGAAAUUGUGGAUUGUGGACUUGCAUAAACAUAAAAUUGAUCAGCAUCUUACUAUUUCUAUUUCCAAAAAAGCACUGCUGAAUCAACACAAAGCUAAGUUCACUGAAGUCCAGUCCAAACGUCGAACUUUUCAUUUACCAAACCUAAUCCCUUCAAAUUAUAUUAAGUACAUGAAGAGAUCGACGUUUGAAUCAAGUAAGUCCAACAUAUCUAAUUUGGGUUGACGGAAUUUUGACAUGUGGAGCGCUGUCUUUUCAAACAUCGAAUUUCUCAUGGUUUGCACCUAAUGCAUAAAUUACGUUAAUUUACUUUCACUAGUAAGCAUUGUAAACCGUUGUACGUUGUGAAAAUGAAUUGAAUUGAGUUGGCAUCUGAAUCACCCAUCGAGCUUGUAUCAUUUGGGUUGACCUAAAGAGGUAUUAAGCUUAAAGUUUGAACUGGGUCUAAGGAAAUGAUCAAUAUUAGUUAAAGAAAUCUUGAUUAUUAAAUAAACUACCUCAGUUGCUUCUGGAGAUGCCCCAGUCUCCUUCACAGCCAUACGGGCUGGAGUCACGCAAGCUCACCGGGAAGCUUGCAUGACUCGAGCCGAGCAGCUGCGAAGGGGACUAGGGUACCGACAGUGUAAGUGCAAAAUCUUUGAUUUGAAAAUAGUUUUCUAUUCUCGUUCAAAUAAAAAUCAUUUCCUUACGAGAGGUUUUGCAUGUAGCCUCAUUUUGAAAGUGGGGGUUUUUGGAACUCAGAUUAAACACAAUUUGGGAAGUGUGGUCGAGCAUAAUUAAGCUGCUAUUAGCACUUAUAGUACUGUGCAAACAGAUUUAUGAGGAUAUCAUUAAAGAACUUUAAAAGAUUUCUGAUCUCUGGCUUGACCUUUGCAGAGGGUGCAUUAUCACCAGGGUAACCAACCAUAGCAAAUAAAGAUUCACCGAUAACAUCUUAAAACAAAUUUUUAAAAGGCAUCUUUGAUCAUAACAUCAGGCGACCUUGCCACUCUCAGAAGACCUCACUGGAUUGUUGGUUCGUAAAACAAUAAUCAAAACAAAGGUGACAGUGAAACCCAGCCUCAAAAUAAAAGAGCUGUGACCCAUAGGGUCUAAUUAAAUUAGAGGUUCUGAGGAGCUGCAAGGCUACUGAUAACAUCAAGUGAGCUCGGCCAUAAUAAGUGUAAUAAUAAUCAUCUCUUGUGUAAAGUGAAACAGUUAUUUUGUGAUCUUUUCAAGGGAAUUACCAGAGCUUGCUAAACAGUUUGUGAUGAGGACGUUGUUUGCAGAUCAGCCAGUGCCUGAAACUUUGGUUGCUGCAUGGGUGAAAAGUGAUCACCAGAAGUAAGAUAUUCAUGCUAAUGGGCAAUAAUUUCUGUUCAAUUUGUUUGUAGUGAAACCCCUCCUUUGACCUUACCAUCAUGUUGGUUUUGUUGAAGGUAAAAUCCACUCUCUUGUUAAAUGGGUAUUCAGCAAUCUUUGAUUCAGACUUUCCUUAGCUUUCUAGCUCAAAGGAUAUUUUGCAGGUUUAAGCUGGGAAUAGAUGUUACCAGAUGCUACUUUUAUGCUCAUGUCAUAACAAUUAUACUUAUUUUGAUGGUGACUUCCUUUGUGAAUUCUCGAAAUAUUAUUCUUGAUGACUUUGAGUGGGCACUAUAUUAAUAAUAUGAACAGCAAAAUGUACCUCCGUCCAUCUCUUGCUUGUACUGAUGAUCCUAGAUAAGGCUAGAAAUAAUAAUAAUAAUUUACUAACCUAGGUUGAUUCCUUUGUUUCCUAGUCGUAAUUUAUGAAUAAUUAGGGCUACGAGACUAAGGAAAAUGAGAUUAAACCUAGGUUAAAAAAUUUUAACCAGAAUUUAAUUCUGACCUGUCAUAUAUGUAUUUGUACAUAUAGAGUGGAGUGUACUUACAUUGUAGUACAAGCAGUUCUUUCUCAAACAAUGCAUGUGUACUUAAUUGCAGGCAUUAUAUAGGAUCUGUAAAUCGACUAAAAGCUCUUAGAAUAUGGAGAGAAUCAAGUGGUGGGACUACAAACAGACUUGAGAUGAAUGCAAUUUUCCGUAGCAACCUCAAGAUUGCACUUUGUGGAGGGUAGGUUAAGAACGCUAAACUUUUGUGUGAAAAAAAAUUACCAUCAAGGCUGUGCUCAGAGAAAAGCGAUCUUCAUGCUCUGAACCUGUGAAAUCCAGGGUGCCCAGCAAAGGAUUAAAUCCGAGGAAAUUAUAGGUUUUUGAUAGAAAUAUUCUACAAAAAACCUAACAUUUCCUAUUCACUCAAGAGCAAAUAAAGAGUAAGGCACCAGCAGCCACCUAGGCCUGCUAGAGCGAAGCCCUGACCAUAUAAACUGACUCAGGAUAUUGACGCAUGGUACUUGUUAUUUAGUAAUUUAGGAGCACUAAAGCAUUUAGGAGUAUAUUCGAACAUUGUGCUUUUAUAUCAGUUAUUCCUUCGCCGAUAAAGAGUAAAGUGUGUCUCAAACGAAGAUUUAAUGAGAAGGAUCAAACAAGAGCAUGUGGAAUUAAUAAAACAGAGGGAAGUGCACAUGCACGUGCAAGAUACUGCUAACUGAAAGGUGACACCAACAGAGUGGCGCUUAUUAAAUUUUUAUAGAUUCUUAAAUUAAGAACAAACUGGCAUGGUGUUGUUUUUUUUUUCAUUUGAUUUUAGAGGAAAUCCAUGGAUAGGCUCAGGUGAUCAGCCAGAACGGGACAAGCACGCACGAGACAUUCCAUUCCUCGAUAAAUACAGCAUGGAAAGAUGGGAGGUACAAUUUUUACUUUUAUUUUGACAACUGCAAGACAAUACAACUAUAUAGUUUUAUCCACCUUCUGAACAACUGAGACCAGAUAACAGACCAAUAAAUAUCCAGUGGAUUUAUAACAUAAUUGGAUUUUGAAAUACUUAUCCACUAGAUAGCGAUUUAUCUGGUGUUUAGCACUAUCUAAUUUUUAAGCAACCGGAGCCUGGCCCAGUGCAAUGGACCUGUGGCUUGUGUAGUCUACAGAUUGUUUGACCAGUCAUUGAUCUUGACAGAACUGUAUGAUUAUAAGCUUAUUGUCUGAUGAAUGAAAAACCUGGGACCCUUAUUUUUAACUUCAUCUUUUUCGAGCCUCCACAUUCAUUUUGACGUAGUCACUAAAACAUGGAACGACCUACAACCACCUAAAACCACCUAAAACCACCUAAAACCAUCUACAACCACCUACAACCACCUCAAAAAAAUUCAACAACCACCUACAACCAUCUACAACCACCUCAAAAACAUCUACAACCACUCGCAAACAAUCUAAAACCAUCUAAAACAAGGUAUAAAUGUCUCAAAUAAGGCGAGACGACAACAUGUCACGUACAUGAAAUACGAGAAUCGAACAAAACAUCCACUUCCCCCCAAAAUCUUACUCUCCCUGGUCCCUUGUAUCAUCAACCAUUAAGCUUAACACAAAACUUCCACCGCACUGUCCUCUUAUGUUGAGAGGGCUGGGAUAUAAGUUUGAUUUUGUUUCCUCUCUCUUGUGAAACUCAUCGACAAUUUGAUUAUAAUUUAAGAAACAACUGAUGGUUUGUGAUUUUUAAUUGUUUUAAAAUCAUGUUUCAAAUGUCACAUUACCAGUGAUCACAUAUGGUGCGAAAUCUGGAAUAUGUCUGGAAAAUUUCAUUUAGAAUCUCAGCAGGAGCAAAACGUGAUCAUGAGUCACCAUUCAUACGUGUCACCAUUCGUACAACUGUAUGAAUGCAGGCACGAUGGCGUUCGUCGUUUCCCAUGAAAAACGUGAUGCUAAAGGUCUCUAUUAUGUAAACAAAUGAAACGUCAACCAAACGUCUCACUGGUACCCAGGGUAGAAAAAGCCAAAUCAAGUCAGUCUUUCGACUACGAGUUUGUUAUUUUAUUUUAUUAUUUUUUGUGACUUGAUAGUUCAUUUUGUAAAGUUCUUUAAGUCUUUUAAUAUACUUAGCAUGAUCUCGCAUUUCAUUUCGUGACUUAAGCCAAUGGUUGAUGAUACAAGGGACCAGGGAGAGUAAGAUUUUAGGGGGAAGUGGAUGUUUUGUUCGAUUCUCGUAUUUCAUGUACGUGACAUGUUGUCGUCUCGCCUUAUUUGAGACAUUUAUACCUUGUUUUAGAUGGUUUUAGAUUGUUUGCGAGUGGUUGUAGAUGUUUUUGAGGUGGUUGUAGAUGGUUGUAGGUGGUUGAUGAAUUUUUUUGAGGUGGUUGUAGGUGGUUGUAGAUGGUUUUAGGUGGUUUUAGGUGGUUUUAGGUGGUUGUAGGUCGUUCCAUGUUUUAGUGACUACGUUCAUUUUGAUUCUUUGUUCAGUGUGUAGCUAGUCGAGAAAAAAAAUUGUACUGUAACAUUUUUAUCUGUUAAGUUGCCAAAUUGCAGCGGCUGUGAGUUAAAGCUCUUACAUACAGAAAUUUCUUCACUGAUUUGCAUCUCAUGCAUACCGAGAAACCACCCAAUUUUACAGUAGCCUCUUUUAUUCUCUUUAUCCCUCUGGAAUAUUGAGCAAAUUGAGUCCACCGUGUUUAUUGUCCAUUUUAUCAGUUGUAUCACUUUAAUGAGUGCACUUUUUUCCUUCUUGAGGCUGUUCUUCAUUUCAUGACUGGUUGUACAGCGACAGAGGAGAGUGCUGUAGUCAGUCAGGAUGUGGUCAGAGUCUUGGUUUUAUCAGGUCUCAUGAAGUGGUAAGUGCAUACGGCUGGAUUUUUUUAGUUGCUUCUCAGCUAGACCCUUCACAGUCCCAUAUUUUUCCUUAAGAUCGUAGGGAUCCAGCACCUACACUUACAAGCAAGGCCCUCUUAGGGGGGUUACGUAUGUCCUUAGUCUGAAUUUCAAAUAGACUGCGAGCAGUCCCUCAGGAUGGUCACACAAGCGAGAAAACCGAGCGAAGUAAAAAACAAGAAGCCGAGGGGAAGCUGGGGAGGAGGCGCCUCUCUCCAGUUUCCCUCUUGGCCAUUUCCCUCUCUCCAGUCCUGCCAAGCUUAGACUCAACUGACUGAAAAGAGACUGCUCACAGUCUAAAUUUCAAACACCUGUUGCUUCGUGUAUUGUGAAGGAAGCCAUGUAGCUGUCAGUGUUUAUUAUUGUAUUUGUGCUUUUCUCUGUCCCUGUUGCCGUUUCAACCCAUCUUUGUGUCAUUUGUCGCCAUUUCUGCUGUGAUGUGUCACCUGUUGGAAUUUACCCUAACAGGGCCUUACAGCAGCCAUCUUGGUUUCAAAAGCAUCAAGUCUAAUGUGAGGAUGAGUAUCAAAUCUAAUUUAUUAGAGGUUGGGGACAAAUUGGAGGGAGGCAAAAAAAAUUCUAGCCUCCCGCUCCACUCACAACUGUUAACCCUGGGGCUCCACUCUCUCAGUACAUUCGAAACCAACAUGGCUGCCCAUAACGGUAAAGUGCUUAAUGUGGGAAAUCUUACAGAAAAAUAGUGGACUGUGAAAAGUCUAUGUGCAAGCUCAACUAAAUGUAUUCUUUGAAAUCUCAAACACUUUUGCUUACUUACCAAAUGACCUUAUAUUCAACUAAAACACAAUCAGCGGUAGCUUACAAUGUAUUUCUUGCUGUAAAUUGUUUUUCUUCAGUGAAACACCUGGAAGUAGGCCUGUCAUAAGUCCAGCAGGAUUUCAGUUCCUGUUGAUGGACACUGCCUCUCAAGUUUGGUAUUUCAUGCUUCAAUACCUUGAGACAGUUGAGGUACAAAUGUGGUUGUUGUUAGUUGAAACUGCGCUAGUUUCAUUUUUGGUUCCUUUUUAAGAGAAAAAAUUGUCAAGUGUUAAUUCAUCUUUAACACCAUUAUCAAGGACAUAGGACUUAGAUCUCUAAUUCAACCCUGCCUUUUUACCAAUUUUCAGGGCCGCAGCAUGGAUCUUGUGGAGUGUCUUUCAUUUUUGUUCCAGAUCAGCUUUGCUACCCUAGGAAAGGUGUUAUUAUAAAAUAAACAUAACACUAAUUUUGUUUAAUUACAAAAAGGGUACUUGUAAAAAAAAAUUAUUGUGUCUUAUUACACUGCUAAGAAAAAAGAUUGCAUGCAUAUGUCAUGGCUUUUUUGUUGUGUGACUGUACUGUUGACUCUCAUUAGAUAUCUAGGUUUGCUUAAAAAACACAUACUGAGAUAAUUUAUAUUUUACAUGAUUGUAUUGACUGCAAGCAGACACAGUAAAAUGUUCCAAAAUGCAAAAAUUGGGCAUAUCCAUGAAAAAAUGUUGUUAGCAUGGUUGAAGUUCAUCCUGGCAUCAUUAGUUUUAUUUUUCACAUUUAUAACUGUUUUAUUUACAAAAUUUGCUUAUGCAAUUAUGUACAUCUAAGUGAAAGCUUGGUUUUAUUUGUCAUAAAGGAAUAUUCCACAGAUGGAAUGAGCGAGUCUCAAUCCAAGUUUCUUCAGCAUCUUAGAGAGUUUGGUCUGGUGUUUCAAAGAAAGGUAAUUCAUGCUCUCUGUUGUAAGUGUAGCAAUUGCUUGCCUGUACUCUCAUCAAAAGCACAUGAAUUAAUCAUGGAUCUGUAUAAAUAAGAUUAACUAAUUUACAAAAAUAUUGUCUUUUAGCGAAAAUCCAAACGGUACUACCCUACAAGACUAGCCAUCAACCUGGCAUCUGCUGGAAUAGGUAAAACUUUACCUUGAAAUUCAUAGAGUGGCCACCAUCCGGUAUAUAGCUUUAUUAGACAACCAGCUAGGGGAGAAAAAUUUUGAUCAAUUAAUAAAGUGUAGCUCUUGUUCUUCAAGUCCAAAAUUUAUAGCAUUGUGCAUUUUGUAAGAAUGUGUUAAUUUGUUCUUUUGCAGUAGGUAUAAACACAUUGCAUGCUUACAUGUCCAUUUGUUCGAUUUUUUUGUCAUUUGCCACAAUAAUAUUAUUAUAGUUACAUCAUAAUUAUGUUCAAAGAAAAGUGCCAAAGGGUUCUUUAAAACCAACCAUGCAGGCAUAUGAAAGUGAAGCCUUCUAGCUACUUUAACUUGAUGGUAAUAUUUAUGAAACAGUGACAGUAAUAUUCAUUUAUUGGUUAGUCGGUGAUCUUUUAACAAAGUCGGUAUGGUGGUAUAAUUUCCAAUGAUAUUUUUCCUUCUGAAUGAAAAGAGACUGGCUGACGUUGUGAUAGAAAAUGGAACAUCAUUUUAUUUCCUUGUCUCCUCAAUUUAAUAGGGAACAGUAAACUGCUUUAUUUCGUGUAGUACAUGUGCUAGAUAAUUAACAGCCAAUCUAUGAUUAAGUUUUACUGCUGUUUGCUAUGCUAAAAAAUCUCAAGAGUUUUUCCUUUUCUUUGUUUUUAGUAUGUAGUCUAUAGUUUGAUUCUUUUGCUGAUUUAAUGUAAUCUGACUGUGUUUUAGGAAGCACAGCUGUCACCAACACAGAUGAAAAGGGGUUCAUUGUUGUGGAGACGAACUAUCGUGUUUAUGCUUAUACAGGUAUGUAGAGGCUUAAUGACAUCUGCCAGGGGUAGGACACUGAUAGAAGGAGAAUUUUCAUUGAUAUGCUGCACCUCUAUGGCACACGCGGGGAAUACUAAGAUAUGGGCGAAAAUAAUUUCCGCGUAUGCGAAGAAGUGCAGCAUAACUGGGUUUUCAUCGCUGAGGGGAGGAGGGAGGGCAAAGACGCAAGUAUAUAUGCACUCUCAGGGCUUGAAUGCAUAGAAAAGCGAUCUGACCAGUGAUCCUGAUGUUGGCAAAGCAUUUGAAUACCACGCUCAAUACCCAGGGGUAAUGCAAGGGUCCCAGGAGGGAAAACGUGCUAAAUUAUGGGGCCUGCGUGCCCAUUUCAGAACAAACAUAUCAAUGAAAAUAGUUGUAAAGUCUAUUUUGUUAGCACAAACUGCACAUUCUAUGCUAAAAAAAAAUACCAUCUUAAUUAAAGCAGAUAAUAUGUACCUAUCUUGAGAUAAAGACGAGUAAAUUGCCAGCAGAAAAUGGAGUUAUGAUUGGUAAUAAGUUGCUUAUCAAUAACAGCCAAAUUUCAGGACAAAAGCUGUAAAAGUCUAAAGACCAUUUGUUGAAUUUGUGUUAACACCUCUGAACAUUGGAUAGCAUCCAAAACCUAGCUUUUAUGGAAAUUUGAUUGAUUUCAUUUUUGUUGUACUUGACCAAUAAUUCUUUUUCACCCUAUGUGUGUAUACUUACAUGUACAUGUAUUCUACUUAGGGUCCACCCUCCAGGUUGCCCUUGUGGGAUUAUUUGCAGAAAUAAUUUGUAGGUAUGGAUGUGAUUAUGUGUGUUCAAAAAAUGCAAUAUUCUUGCUGUAAAUAUACUGAAAUUUCUCAUCUUAGAUGUAUUGUCUUUGGUCUUUUGUAGGUUUCCCAAUUUCUGUGUGGGCAUGCUGACAAGGGAUAGUGUUCAACAGGUAUUUUACUUGAAUUUGAUCAAUCUUGUAGGUUCUGAUGGUAAUUUUUACAAUAAUUGUGAAAAUUACCAUCAGAACCUACAAGAUUAUUAUCAAUAUUAUUGAUGUAAUAAAUGAUAUUUAAUCCUGGUUUUCACAUAACAACUAUCCAGAUCAUCUCAAUCUCCUCAUUUUUAUUUUUGGUGGGGAUGGCAGGGUUGUCACUAAGAUUUCAAGUUGCCGCGUAAAUACAACAAGUAGGCGGGGAAUCAAACGGCUCGGGAUUUCUUUUGGUUCUAUUUUUGGUCUAUUUUCCAAUAAAAGUAGCCAGGGGCCACUCUCUUAGUAGCCGGGGAAAAUCCCCGGCCCCCGGCUCUUAAUGACAACCCUGGGAAGGGGGAGGAGUGUUGGGCAAUAGUGUCCCAUGAUCAGCCGAAACAAUGGAAACCAGCCUAUAUGUAGACUGAUCCACUACUAUCCGAGCAAUAUUGACCUGAUCACUUUACAGAUCACCCAUCAUUGCAUUGAAGGUGUUUUCAUAUGAUCAUCUGGAGAUGACUUGGGCAAUCAAGGAGAUCUAGAUGAUUUUAUAGAAAAAAUCAGCCCAAAAAUGACAGCUGUCUGGGCAUAAAAUAAACAGUUUAAAAAGUCACCCACCUUGUCCCCAAGGAAUCUCAACCACCGCACUUUGGACGUGGAGAAACAUCUGGGUUCCAGUAAUCAUAAAUGAACCCAAUGAGCCUUACCCUUGGUACUAGAGACUUUUCUAAUGUAGUUUCCGGUUUCUGUCAAGUCUUCAUAGUCUGAAGAUGUGUCUCGGCCAACACUGAAAAUUCCUGCCUCACACAAGAAAAACCUUUGGUACCCAGUGUAACUGAGCCUUAGUGAUAAUAAAAAAAAUUAUCGUGCCUAUCCAUAAUGACAAGUGUCUCUUGGUCAGUUGGUCAGGAGUGUAGCUUAAUUUCUCAACAUGCUAUUUCUGUGUGAUCUGUUAGUCGGUCAGUCUUCAACUUGCCGUGUGAAACGUACAUUGUGAAACUUCCUUCAGUCGUUUUCAGUAAAGAAUGGUUCAGCUCUCUUACUUCUAGUUUUGUUUUGUUUCUAGGGAUUAUACCUGGCUUAUUACUCGAAAAAUUAAACAUGUGUCAAACUGAAUCUCCUUUAUUCUAUGUUUUGCAGGCAUUAGCAAGUGGCAUAUCUGCUGAACAGGUAACUUGAAUCAAACUUUCUUCUUUGUAAAGAUAAUAAAACAAUAAUGUAAAAUUAAAUGAACUAUUUAGUGUUAGUUUGCACACAACAUGGUUCUUCAUCUACCAUUCCAAUUCAGAUUGGACUUUGGGAAUGUUGAUUUUGAGGAGAGAAGAAAACGGAGGACCAGGAGAAAACCUGUCGGAGUAUAGAAAACAACCAACAUCACACUCAAUGGCAUCGCCUUCAGGAUUUGAGUCCUAGCCACAAUGGUGGGAGGCAAUUGCUCUCUCUCUCCACUGUACCACACCACCCUUGCUACCCAUGUUCCCACCCAUAAUGUGCACUUCAAGGGCGAAGUUGUUUGAAGCCUGCCUAGUUCUAAUCCUGGGUUAACUGUGAGUGGCCGUGGUAACCCUGAAUUUUGAGAGAGUGUUAUUUGGAAGACUAAGCGGCUGUGAAAGAAACACCUGUUUUUCAGUUGUUGGUCAUGACAUUGUCAGUGUGUUACCCGUUUAAACCCAAGUUCAACCUACAUAGUGUCCUUACUGUUCUCCUUACAUUUGCCAUGGUCCUAAUGGGGAGAAUUUGUGUAAUAAUCAAAACCUUUUUCACCUUUUGAUUAUUUCCUAUUUCUCGCAACGUUUAUGCUACGAUUAAACAGCUUUAUCACAAGGAGAAUCAAAAUUUUGGUCCCUCUUAAAGGCUAUUGGGUUGGGAAUCUUAGCAGGAUAAAUGCCUCACAUUAAACUGUAAACUCUCUCUCUCAAAGUUCACCCACAGGGAAGUCAAUACAGUUAUACAUGCACGCCUGCACACCUAUUGAGUCACGUUUCCAAUAUCCGCUAGGAUGAUUUGGCAUGGAACCUGGAGACGUCUUUUUUUAACGUUAUUUAGCGAAAGUAAAAAUGUGUUUGUAUCGCAGAUUCUUCAUUUCUUGAGAACUAGAGCACACCCAGAGAUGCUUAAAAAGGUAGGUCAAAACAUUUCUUUUGUUCCUUCAAUUUCCCACCCAUUUUCCUAAGUUAUUUUGCUCUAAAAUCCGACAUUCGAUCUCGAAAUGCAAUUUCGUAAAUUAAAGACGUCACGAUAACGGGAGAGCGUUAAAUCGGAGUAGUAUUAAUACAUUUAAUAUUACUGGUGUUUAAAUGAAAGAAGAUCAUCGCAGUUAUAGACGCAACUUUUGCAUACUCAUACUCUACUGGUGUUUGUUAUAAUGCGGGGUUGGGCCGUAUCCAGUGAGAAAUGGUCCGCGUCGACGGUUCCUUAUAAUUACACCUUCUGUCGUGCGCAAGCAUAUGCCUAUUUCUCCUAAAACAAGAAAUUCCCUGUGUCACCUAGGUCGUUUGCGAUGAUAAUAAUUAUUCCCUUACAAUCUUUUUAAGAGUUUCUUAAGGGAACUAUGGCCCCGUCCGCACGUUUCUGUUUUUGUCUGAAAAUGGAAAUUUUUUCUCCGUUUUCAAAAAAAAAUGGGCGUCCGUCCACACAUUGUGGUUUUUUUUUAUCGUUUUUGCCCGUCCACACGGAAAGUAACGUAGUAGAGUGUUUUCACUCACGUGGCUAGCAUCUCUGCAAAUUUAUUACAACAAAAGGAAGCAUUUAAAUUUUAUAUGUGAAAAGAGUUAAACUCUCACAGGACUGCUUUGGAACGCAACAUGGCCACCUUCUCAUACUUUUGGAACACAAAUACCGUAAAAUUUCGAAAAUAAGCCCCUCCGUGUGUAGGCCCCUCCAAAUAUAAGCCCCCCCCAAAGUCGUAACGCAAAAAAAACCCUCCGAAUAUAAGCCCCCUGCGGGGCUUGUAUUUAGAAUUUGCCCUCAAAAACAAAGUAAAGCAAGGCAAAAAUUUUACGGUAUGUCCGUCGAGAAGUCAUGUGAAAACACUCAAUAGUGACUGAACCAUGAGUACCAUCUUGGAUAGGGGCAUGCGCUUUUACUGAUGUCCAACACCGUGACAUAAUCGUUUUUAAAAACCUCCGUUUUCAUCCAUCCACACAAGAACAGCAAAACGGCGUUUUCAAAAAUCCCCUCUCGAUAGAGUUUUUGAAAAGGCGCGUUUCCGGUGACAGUUUUCUUCGGAUACCUGUGGACGGUACGCCAAACCGGAAAAAAAAAAUAUCCGGUUUCAAACAAAAAAGGAUACGUGUGGACGGAGCCUAUUGUUUUUACUCUUUCGUGUUCUCUCCCAGACUCCCAUCAUACCACCAACAAUAAGCGACCAAAUCCGACUGUGGGAACUGGAGAGGAGCAGAAUGACGUUCACUGAAGGUUUGCUGUGCGCCCUUUGUUUUUUAUACCUUGACUUUGCAAUAAACUGGUUAUGGAAAACUAGACGUUUCUAUGUUCUAUUAAACAUGAAAUUGUCGGGUAUAUUUUGUCAAAUAUUACUCCCCAGACGAAACUGAAAACAUAAAAUUUGAUCCCAACAUUAAGAUAUGAAAUCCAAAGUCGCGAAAAUUUCUCCACGCGAAACACAGAAACUGGGCGGUCAGUGCAAGCUUAAUCGAGGACAGGACGGAGAUCAGGGACUAGUGAUUGCUAGUCCAUUGCUGUAACCGUUCGGUAACGCUGCCUCCUAGAAAAGCAAAAAAAGAUGGGGAGAACCAAUCACACGUGCAACAUGCGAAGGAAAAAACGCGUGCGAAUUGGCCACGACGGGUACAGCUUCUGAUUGGUUGAUAAUAGGGCACGAAGUUUUUUAGCCAAUCAGAAACCGUGGCUAUGCAAGCAAAGCAAACAACAGUUCCAUUCAGCGGAAAACGGUGGCGAAAGCCUGAAAGUGGUAUCAAAGUUGACUUUAAGUGGAAAUGGAGCACGAAUUUCCGUUUGGUACAUUUCCGACCAGGAAAAACAAGACUACCUUUUCAGAUGUUCCUUUGCUACCGGUAAUUUUCCGCUAAAACAACCGGAAAAGUCGAGUUCCAUUUAUUUUCCAACUGGAUUUUCCGGAAACUUUUUUAAAAUGGUAAACAACUUUUGUUUAGUGCCUGUACCAUUCUAACCUGACAUUUAGCUAAAGCUGUGCUAUUCUGACACUGAUUUUCUCCGUAGGUGUGCUGUACAACCAAUUUUUAUCACAAGCUGAUUUUGAAACCCUGCGGAAGUAUGCCGAGGUAACGCUCCUUGUUCUUGUAACCACCUGACCCCACAGGCUACCCAAUAUACAUGCCCAGCUCUCGGUAGUAAUCCUUUCCAUGGUCGUUUAGGUCCUUUGUGUAUUCUUUCACUUGCCACCGGGAUAACCAACUAUAGGAUAAUUUCACAGGAUAAUCUCACUUGCUGACUUUUUUUUUUUUUUAAGGACAGUGUAAGAUUUCUUCGUCAGAAUCAAACUCACAAGCACUUAUAUACUUUUGUAUUUCCAUUUCAUUUGUUAGGAUCUUGGCGUCCUUAUGUGGGCCAACUCAUCAAAAAGAGUUAUUGUGGUCAGUCGCUCUGGUCAUGAUGAUGUUAAACGGUUCUGGAAAAGACAAAAGCAAAACACAUGACAUCCCCGUGGCUAACAAAUAACUCAUGUCAAGGAGCCAUGCUAUGAUGUCUCGUGACCUAUCACGUGACGUAACGUGUCACCCAUGCGCAAAAGGAAAGUUUUGCGAUGUCAAAAAUGGACUUCAUCGCAUGCAUCGCUGGAGGUAUUGAUUGAAAAUACUGUUUUUUACAGGUCAGCAUGAUGACUGGUAAAUGUCACGUGAUAUUAAUUGUCACGCACGCGCAAAGGAGAAAUUUUACGCUGACAAAAAUGGAACUCGACACGUGAAAAGGCCUAAGUAACGAACGUGCUGGUUCUUGCAUUUUGUGGCUUUUUGUUAUGAUAAUGGACAGUUCUGAUUCACUGAGACUUGGCGAAAAGAGAUGAACAUUGUGUUGAUUAGAAAUUUCCGUUUAAGUAAUGCGGGUUAAAGAGAACCUCAACAACGUAGACGAUGGCCGUAAAAGCCUCUCCAACAAGGCUUUUCAAACAUUUCCACCGAAAAGUUAUAUUUUAAAACAAUAAGACAACGACGUUCUUUCGAACUCUACUUUCAUUGA